AUGGAGGACGAAAGACAGAGAUCUCCGAUCAGGAUCAAUGCGCAUCUAAGGGACUCAUGGAUAAGGGUUCUCGGGAACAAAUCACCCAUUCGGAAGGUACGAGGACUAGAAGCCAAGACAGAGUCAGACCACGAGUACGUCCCUUCCAGGACCCAAGGGUCAACCUACCUAUCGGCAAUGCCUACACGAUACUCUAAGGCCAAGCUACUGAGUCCACCGAGACAUUUGGAGGACUAUGGUUCCUAA